GCGCAGUGGCAGAGGCUUUUUUUCUUCAGUGUCCGCCUUUAUCAUGAUGGCUGAACGUCAAUAAGUGGAUAUUUUGUCGUUUAGGUCUUAACUUUGGGACAGAGAAACACAUUAUUCAUCGGACGAGUCGAUUGCGUACGACAAGUUAAAAAGAAAUGGCCCAGCGUGUCGCUGGUGGCGAAUCUGCCGGGCAGAAACGGAGCUCUCGGGUUCGUGUGGCUGUUCGCUUGCGGCCCUACAUGGACAAGGAGGACAACAAGGGCGAGGGAUCCUGUGUACGGGGCUUAGAUUCACGCAAGCUGGAAAUUGUCAACUGGAGAAACGCCACAGAAACCCUGCAAUAUGAGUUUGACGUGUUCCACGGGGAGCAGACGACCCAGAAGGAGGUGUUUGUGGAGUCUGUGAAGCCCAUCCUGAAGCACCUCCUCACCGGGCAGAACGCCAGCGUGUUCGCCUACGGACCCACCGGAGCCGGUAAGACCCACACUAUGCUGGGUAGUUCGGAGCAGCCGGGGGUGAUUCCCAGGGCGGUGCGUGAGGUCUUCAGCCUGGUCAGGGCCCAGGAGGCUCAGCAGGACGGCUGGGAGUACGCAGUCAGCAUGUCCUACCUCGAGAUAUACCAGGAGAAGGUUCUGGACCUGCUGUGCCCGAGCACCCAGGACCUGCCGAUCCGCGAGGACAAGGACCACAACAUCCUCAUCCCCGGUCUCACCAGCAUCCCCAUGGCCUCCUUCCAGGACUUCCACACCCAUUUCCUGCCCGCCAGCCUCAACCGCACCACGGCCUCCACCAAACUCAACGAGAGGUCCAGCCGCUCACACGCUAUACUGCUCAUCAAGGUGGUGCGUACGCGUCGUGGGCCACCCCAUCGGCAGCAGACAGGUAAGCUUUACCUGGUGGACCUGGCCGGCUCCGAAGACAACAGGCGCACGGGGAACCAGGGCAUCCGGCUAAAGGAGAGCAGCGCCAUCAACCGCUCCCUCUUCACACUCAGCAAGGUGGUGGACGCGUUGAACAGUUCUCCGGGCGUGCGCGUGCCGUACCGCGACUCCAAGCUGACGCGGCUGCUGCAGGACUCGCUGGGAGGCUCCGCCCACUCAGUCAUGGUGACCAACGUGGCGCCGGAGUACCGCUUUUAUUUUGACACGUUCACCGCCCUCAACUUCGCAGCCAAGAGCAAACAGAUCGUCAACCAGCCCUUCGUACGGGAAACGCUGCUGCAGCCUGCACUACCGGUGGGCAAGCGACCGAGGGAGCAGGCUGGUGGCAGCAGCUCCGGUGAGCCCCAGAGCAAGAAGGCCAAAGAGACGAAGGAGACAAAGACAGACACACACACUGCAACGACAACACAGCCAGACAGUCCUCCUGAUGGCAUGCUGGGUCGACUGUUGGCUCUGGAGAAGAGGCUUCUGGGAUCUCCAGAGAAGGACCUGCUGAAGACUGUCGCUCAUGAGCUCGAGGAGCUGAGGGCCAAGCAGAAGGAACUGGAGAAGAAGGCCAGUAUGUUCAACCCUUCCUCCUCGUCCUCCUCUGCCCUUCCCAAGCCCAAGAUGGAGGUCAGUGGGCAGCAGCAGAAGAAGAGCGCCGCCCCGGUGGCCAAGGUGGGCCCUGCGCCUGCGGUGGGCAACAGCGGCCUGCGAGAGGACACACUCUUCAAGAGCAACGUCAUGCCACUCAGCAGGAAACCUUCCUGCGCACGACCCAAGAAGCAACAAGCAGUUGUGUCACCGCUACAGGUGUCUCAGGUGCAGCCCCAGCCGUGCGCAGUAGAGUGUAAGCCAUCCCUCGCUCCCAACAAGAAAAAGAAGAAAGAGCACACCGAGGCGUUCCAGGGUAAGGAGAAUGGCGGUGUGGACGUGAGCUGCGAUGGGGAGGACGGGGGAUGCGGCGGUCCUGAUGCUGAGGACUGGGAGGCACAGCUGGGGCCAAACAUCCUGCUGGCGUCACGGCAACGCAUCCUGGAGACCCUGAACGCCGGCUCCCUGAAGCAACUGAAGGACCUGCAGCUCAUCGGGGACAAGAAGGCCAAACUCAUUAUGGGAUGGAGAGAGAUCAACGGGCCCUUCGCACAGGUGGAGGACCUGAAGAAGAUCGAGGGCAUUACGGGCAAGAGGUUCGCCUCCUUUAUCAAGGCUAACGUCCUGAGCUCCAUGGGGAAAUGACAACGUCUGCAGAAUGUGUACGAGUGUGAUUUUGAGUGAGAGUGUGCGAGUGUGUGUGACUGAGUGUGUGUGUGCGUGCGUGCGCACAUGUGUGCGUGUGUAUGUUUUUGUUUUCCCAGGCCCCUCCUCCCAUUUCGUAAUAUUUUUAAACCUUUUUUUUAUUCUAUUUUAUCUUUUUUAAAUGCUUGUACAUUAUUAAUUGUCUUACUGGUUUUAUUAAACUGUGCUGGCUGGCCUGUA